CCCGCGGCGGCCGCUGCCCUGAGGCCGCGGGGGAUGGCGGAGGGGCCCCGGGGCGCCCCGCCGCCGGGCUCGCCCCGCCCCGCCGCGCCGCUGCCCAACGGGCCCCGCGGCGGCGGCGGCGGCAGCCCCGGCUCGGGCUCGGGCAGCAGCAGCCGCGAGGACUCGGCGGAGCGGAGCCCCGCGCCCGCCGCGCCCCGGGCCAGCAUCAUGAAGGACGGCUCUCGGCAGCGGCCUCCGCACAAGAAGAAGACAGUGUCCUUCAGCUCCAUGCCCAAUGACCGCAAGAUCAACAGCACGGCUGCCUGCAUCUCCCUCAUGCUGGAGGGCUGCGAGCUGAAGAAGGUGCGCUCCAACUCCCGCAUGUACAGCCGCUUCUUCGUGCUGGACGCCGACAUGCGCUCCGUGCGCUGGGAGCCCUCCAAGAAGGACUCAGAGAAGGCCAAGAUUGAGAUCAAAUCGGUCAAAGAGGUGCGGGUGGGCAAGAAGACGCCUGUCCUGCGUAGCAAUGGCCUCUCCGACCAGUUCCCGGACGAGUGCGCCUUCUCCAUCAUCUAUGGGGACAACUACGAGUCCCUGGACCUGGUGGCCAGCUCAGCGGAUGUGGUGAGUGCCUGGGUGAUGGGGCUGCGCUACCUGGUGUCCUACGGGAAGCACAGCCCUGAGGCGCCCGGGACUGGCCACCCCAGCCUCCGGACGUCCUGGAUCUCCUCUGUCUUCGACCUGGCUGACCUGGAGAAGUCUGGGCGCAUCCCCGUGUCCCGGGCUGUGCAGCUGAUCAAGGCGCUCAACCCUGGCAUGAAGACCUCCACCAUCGAGCUGAAGUUCAAGGAGCUGCAGAAGGCCAGCGAGCGUCCUGGCGCGGAGGUGGCCUGUGACCUCUUUGUGGAGGCAUACUGCGAGCUCUGCACCCGCCCUGAGAUCUUUUUCCUGCUGGUCCAGUUCUCCAGCAACAAGGAAUACCUGGGUGUGAAGGACCUGCUGAUGUUCCUGGAGGUGGAGCAGGGCAUGGAGGGGGUGACAGAGGAGAAGUGCUUGGAGAUCGUCAGCAAGUACGAGCCCUCCAAGGAGGGCCGGGAGAAGGGCUACCUGGCCAUCGACGGCUUCACGCGUUACCUGCUCUCUGCUGACUGCUCCAUCUUUGACCCCCAGCACCGCAAGGUCUGCCAGGACAUGGCACAGCCCCUCUCCCACUACUACAUUAGCUCUGCCCACAGCGCCUGCCUGCUGGAGGACAACUUCUGGGGCCGCUCAGACAUCAGCGGCUACAUCAGUGCCCUGGGCCUGGGCUGCCGCAGCAUCGAGCUGGUGCUGUGGGAUGGCCCUGAGGGUGAGCCCGUGGUCUACACCAGCCCCUCGGCUGCCUCCUGCGUGCCCUUCCGUGCCGUGGUGGGGCUGAUCGACCAGCACGCCUUCACUGCCUCCGCCUACCCCCUCAUCCUCUGCCUGGUGGUGCGCUGCUCGGCCCCCCAGCAGCGGCUCGCUGCCCAGUGCCUGCGCAAAACCCUGGGGGAGAAGCUGUACCUGGAGCCCCCCAACCCCGUGGCCUCCUACCUGCCCUCCCCGGAGGAGCUCAAGGGCCGCAUCCUCAUCAAGGGCAAGAAGCUGCCGCCCAGCUGCGAGGACAGCGAGGGGGAGGUGUCGGACGAGGAGGAAGGCUGGGAGCUGGCGCGGCGGCUGGGCCAGGAGGACCGGGAGGCGCCGGAGGGAGGCGGCCUGCGGCGGGUGCGCCUCAGCCGUGAGCUCUCGGAGCUGGUGAGCCUCUGCCAGGCCGUGCCCUUCCAGGACUUUGAGAGCUCGAGGCGCGGGCAGCGCUACUGGGAGAUGUGCUCCUUCAGCGAGGUGGAGGCGGGACGCUUCGCCAACGAGUGUCCGGCUGAGCUGGUCAGCUACAACAAGCGGUUCCUCUCCCGCAUCUACCCCAGCCCCAUGCGCAUCGACGCCAGCAACAUGAACCCCCAGGAUUUCUGGAAGUGCGGCUGCCAGAUGGUGGCUAUGAACUACCAGACCCCGGGGCUCAUGAUGGACCUGAACGCGGGCUGGUUCCGGCAGAACGGGGCCUGCGGCUACGUCCUGCGCCCGGCCAUCAUGCGGGAGGAGGUCUCCUACUUCAGUGCCAACGCCAAGGACUCGCUGCCCGGCGUGCCUGCCCAGCUCCUACACCUCAAGGUCAUCAGCGGGCAGAACCUGCCCAAGCCCAAGGGCUCGGGGGCCAAGGGAGAGGUCGUGGAGCCCUACGUCUGCGCUGAAAUCCACGGCAUCCCGGCCGACUGCGCCGAGCACCGCACCAAGACCGCCCUGCAGAGCGGGGACAACCCCAUCUUCGACGAGAGCCUGGAGUUCCAGAUCAACCUGCCGGAGCUGGCCGUGCUGCGCUUCGUGGUGCUGGACGACGACUACAUCGGGGACGAGUUCAUUGCCCAGUACACCAUCCCCUUCGAGUGCCUGCAGCCCGGCUACCGCCACGUCCCCCUGCAGUCGCUGGCCGGGGAGCCCCUGCCCCACGCCACCCUCUUUGUGCAUGUGGCCAUCACCGACCGCCGCGGCGGGGGCAAGGGGCACCGCCGGGGGCUGGCAGGGCGCCGGGGCCGCCGCGUAAGAGAGUACACCUCCACCAAGGCCACCGGCAUCAAAGCCAUCGAUGAGGUGUUCCGCACGGCCACCCAGCCGCUGCGGGAGGCCACUGACCUGCGGGAGAACGUGCAGAAUGCACUGGUGUCCUUCAAGGAGCUGUGUGGGCUGACACCCGCUGCCAACAUGAAGCAGUGCAUCCUGACGGUGUCCACGUGGCUGCUGCACAGUGACAGCGCACCCAGUGUCACCCUCAACCUGGCAGAGCAGUACCCCCCCAUGGAGGCCCAGGGCCCCAUCCCCGACCUGCUGCGCAAGGUCCUCACUGCCUACGACACGAUGAUCCAGACCAGCCGGACGCUGAUCGAGUCUGCUGACGCCGUGUACGGGAAGCUCAUCCAGGCACAGCAGGCAGGGAUGGAUUUCCACAAGGAGCUGCACCGCAUCGAGACCAAGGAAGGGCUGCGGGGCCGCAAGCUGCAGAAGGCGCUGGAGAGCUUCGCCUGGAACAUCACUGUCCUCAAGGGCCAGGCUGACCUCCUGAAGCACGCCAAGGCGGAGGCGCUGGACAACCUGUGGCAGAUCCACAACGCGGGGCAGUCCUGCGGCAUCGGCAGGAACGGGGCGGCCUCGCCCGAGCCCUCUCGGCUGCAAGCCCCGCUGGAGCCCAUCCCGGAGACGGACGGAGGUGGCGACACAGCGUCCUGCUGACCCCGGCCUGGGGCUCGGGGCCCGGACUGAGCACCCCUGGCCGCAGGGGCCGGGAGCAGGGAGCCCCAGCCUGCCCGGGGAAUGUGUGUGAGGCUGGGUGCCUGUGCUCUGCUGUGUUGAGGGGCUUCAGAAUUCACUGGAGAGAUGUCUCUGCUCCCUCUUGCCCUGCCAGGCUCCCAGAGGACUCAUCCGUCCCCUCCAUCUGCUUCUGGGGCCAGUUCUCUGCUGAGGGGCCAGUGGGUACCCCAGUGCCAUGUGCAUGUACCCCCAGAUGCCACUUGGAAAAGCAGCCCCAGGUCUGGGCUCCUGCCCACCCUCCCCAGGGCUGCAGGUUUGGACUCCACCAGCCCUGGGGAAAACCUGGCUGGCAGAAGGAUCCUGGCUGCUCCUGUCACCUCUACAGCAUCCCUGGGGUCCCCACUAUGCAGAGGGACUGGGAGGCUCACGGGUGCAGUCAGGGUGUCCCUGAACAGCAGAUGUGGCUGCUGGCAUCAGGGAAAUGUUUGGGUUCAACCCCAGGGCAAGGGAGUUCAGCACAAGCAAAGGCUGGAGGUGGUCUGGGGUCUGGGUUAUAAAGAGUGCAAGACCUC